AUGGCUCGCGGAAAGUGGAUAGACAAGCGCACUGCGCAGCACUUUACCCUUGUCCACAGACCCCAGAAUGACCCCCUCAUUCACGACGAGAAUGCGCCGUCCAUGGUGCUGAACCCGACCGAGAACAAAAAGGGUGACGCCGCUAGAAAGGGUAAGCAUCUGGACGACCUAGUUUCCGAACUGGGCGCCGAUGCGCAGAGCAUCCGCGCCAACGAAGGCGAGGCCGCCAACUAUGGAGUGUACUAUGACGACACCGAGUACGACUACAUGCAGCAUCUGCGCGACCUCAACUCGGCCGGCGCUGGGGACGUAGUGUUCGUCGAGUCGACGGCGUCGGGGAACCAGAACAAGGGCAAGCAAAAGCAGACGCUGGAUGAAGCCCUCAAGGAUAUGGAAAUCAAGGACGACAAGUCGAGUGUGGCCUUGGACGACGACAUGCUGCCUUCGAAGAAUCUUGAGAGGACGACGUACGAGUCACAGCAAGCGAUCCCUGACUCCAUCGCUGGAUUCCAGCCCGACAUGGAUCCGCGUCUGCGAGAGGCCCUUGAAGCGCUAGAGGACGACGCAUACGUGGAUGAGAGCGGCGAAGACGAAGAUCUCUUCAAGCAGCUGACACAGGACGGCUAUGAGCUUGAAGAUGAUGAGUUUGAGCAGGCCGGCCAGUUCGCCGAUGAGGACGGCUGGGAGUCGGACGACACUGCCAAGCCCGCAAAGGAGUACAGAAACGGCGACGACGCUGUCCCUGAUCUUGUCAGCGGCGAUGACGUGCCGCAGCAGCGGCAGCAUCCCGACGAGGGCCCCGGCGAGGACUGGCUGGAGGAGUUUAAGCAGUUCAGGAAAGAUCAGAAGACUAACAAGGCUGGCGCCGGCCUGGUGUCGCACUCUGGAAUGGAGUCCAUGUGGACGACGACAACCAACGGUGGUAAGCGCAAGAAGCGCAAGGGUGCUCUGACGGACACGUCGAGUUACUCGAUGACGUCGUCGUCGAUCAUGCGUACCGAUCAGAUGACACUGCUGGACUCACGGUUCGACAAGAUUGACGAGAAGUACAACGAGGACAUGGAUGACAUGGCGUCCGUGUCGGCGGCGUCUACCGUAUCGACUGUCGGUGGACCCGUUCGCGGCGAUUUUGACGGCAUCCUGGACGACUUUUUGGGUAACUACACCAAGCCCGGGAAGAGGACAAACAAGAAGAACAGGCCGCAGACGGGGUUGGAGCAGCUGGAUGAAAUUAGGUCCGGACUGGGACCUGCCCGUUUCAUCAAGGGACGUCCGAGUAGGUGA